AUGCCUUUGUCUUUCGGUGCCGUUUGCGAUCUUCUCCAGAGCCUCGAGACGGACCUCGGUCGCAAGAGACGUCAGAGGGGAAGUAACAAGAUCGUGACUGACUGGUUCGCAAGUCACCGAGAGCAGAUCGAAAACGGAGAUGUUGACCGGACGGCGGUCCUGUCGACGCUGCUUCCGGAGAGGCGCACCGACAGGGUCUUUAACAUCAAGCACAACCGCCUUGAGAGCAUCAUUACCAAGGCCUGUGGUCUUGGCAAGAGGCGCCAGGAAGAGUUGACCAGGUGGCGCAAACAAGGUUCCGGCGUUGAUCUGGCUGAGUGUGUCGAGAACAUAUUGAAGGACGCUCCCAAUGGAACCGAGUGCGAUAUCACGGUCGAGGAGGUUGACAAGGUGCUGCAUCAGCUGGCGGCAGGAGUCGACUUCAGCUCACCCGCGGUGCGGUCGUCGCGACCGGCGGCGAGUUCAAACCUUGCUACCUCCAGAGACCACCUGCACCCUCUCACGCAUCUUUUCAGGCAGCUAUCACCAAGAGACGCCAAAUGGCUAUGUCGCUUAAUUCUCAAGACCUUUCUCCCAGUCGUCGUGCCAGAGGACCUGGUAUAUUCUCAGUGUCAUCCUCUGCUUCCCGCCUUGCUGAAUAUUCAUGACAACUUCGCUGUCGCAACUACCCUUCUCGAGCAACAGAUUCGUAACAGCCAGGCCCUCGGAAUCGAUCUUGACAGGGCCGAUAUCCCGCGGCUCAUCAAGCCCCAAGUCGGUGUCAAGGUUGGUCGGCAAACCUGGCUCAAGGCGCGAAGCAUACAACACUGUCUUGGUAUGGGCCGUGGUGUCAUGAGCUGCGAGAGGAAAAUGGAUGGGGAGUACUGUCAAAUUCAUAUUGACCUCUCCAAAGGCGAUCGAUGCAUUCAGAUCUUCUCCAAAUCCGGAAAAGACAGCACCAGGGAUCGCAUCAAGUUGCACAGCGCCAUCAGAUCGUCCCUUGGCCUCGGGACAGCAGCUUGCCGUUUCAAGAGGCGCUGCAUUCUGGAAGGGGAGCUGGUCGUCUGGAGUGAUCAGGAGAAGAAGAUUCUCGGCUUUGAGAAGAUACGAAGGCACGUGAAUCGUUGCGGGCGAUUUAUCGGCAUUGACGAGGACAGUCCGCCUCCAGCAACGGAACGUCUUAUGAUCGUAUAUUUCGACUUGUUAUUGGUUGACGAUGAGUCCAUGCUUAGCAGCAGGCAUUCCGAUCGCCGCCAGCGUCUCUCUACAUUGAUUCUUUGUGAAGAAGGUCGCGCCACCUUGGUGGAGAGAGAGGUCAUCAACUUCUCCUCCCGUCUGGCUGCAACGGAACUGCGCAAGGCUUUCGCGGCCUGCAUCGUCGAGAAAGAGGAGGGCCUAGUAUUGAAACCCGACGAACCUUACUUCAAUUUAGAGAUGGAUAAGCGUCGUUAUGCAUCCUGUUGUCUAAAGCUCAAGAAAGCAUAUGUCAAGAAUCUGGGCGACAUUGGCGAUUUUGCAGUCGUUGGUGCCCGCUAUGAUCCGACAAGGGCCAAAGUUCUAGGGCUGCCAAACACGAAGUAUACUCACUUUUACCUUGGAUGUAUAGCCAACAAGGCAGAGGCCACGCGCUUCGAAGAGGUGAGGCCCAGCUUUAUCAUCGUGGCCGAGGUUGAACUCAACGCCGCCAUGGCGGAAUAUUUCAAACAAUACGUCUUCACGAAAGCCGUGCCGCCGGACGAGAACGACCAACUGGAUAUCGAAUUGCCGUCAGGUAUUAUGCAGGGCAGACGAAUGUCGGCGGUGUUUCUCGAGCCUGCUGUCUUCGACAUCACCUGCUUCGCUUUUCACAAGGAGACCAAUACGAGGUUUUGGAGUCCGCGGUUCCCAUACGUCUCCAAAAUUCAUACAGACAGGUCAUGGAAGGACUGUCUUGGGUUCGAUGAGCUGCAAGAUCUCGCGGAAACGGACCGCAUGUGUCCCGAACAACAGGACAGCCAGGAGCUUGCUCAAUGGAUAACAAUCCUCGAAGAAGCCGAGUCGAAACGAAGACGUAAAGCUGCUCUUCAGGACAGCCAGUCCACAAAUGGCACAAUAACCACCGAUACUACCUCAGAGACUUGGCCAGGGCAUACCAUUAUGAAGGUAGGCACUGAGCCUGCUUCACGCCAGCCUCUAGGGGACGUCACGUCCAGCCCCUCGUCGCAAAGUAACGCUCUUCCCCCUGCAUUUCCGUCCUUGUCUGGGGUUGAAAAAUUGCAAGAUGAACCUGGUAUGACGGACCCAGGCCCUUCAUCCCCCUGUUUUUCAGUCGCGGCAUCUUUGCACUCGGAGGCGAACACCUCUGCACUAGCAAAGGCGUCAAAAAUGGCGUCCUCAUCAGUGGCUUCAAGAUUGGAUGUCCAGCCCUCAGCGAGAGAACAGCCAACUUGUCGCCACGCGGGUGAAAAUUGUGCUUUAGCCGGCCAUUUCAUCCUGCUCGCCCCAUGCGUCGCCAGCAUUCCAUGGCUCACCGAGGAUUUACUCCCAAGCCACGGCGUGGCGGCAGUCUUCAAAGACAUACCUUCGUGGCUCGCCUCGACUUCUUUAGCCGGCUCGCGUCGUAGGCAGCCCAGGCUGGUGCUCGUGGAACGGCGCAGGGCAGCAGCUACGGAGGCGUUUCUCACAAGGCUACAAUCCCAACCGUUAAAGGGCCCAGGUGGACAACCAGAGGUCAUGGUCGCAUACGACUGGCGCUUGCUAGAGGCUAUCACCUGUGAAGAGGACGCUCGAAAGAAGCGUAACAGACAUGGGACGAGACGCCAUAGGAUCGGGACUAGUGCGCAUGGAAAGGACUCAUGGAGGAAGUAUUACAUUGGGUUAUGCUAA